AUACAGUAUACGUGCUACGUGACCGCGUGUACCUCCUCUGCCCAUACUGUGCUCUGCUAGCCAUGGCCACCUACGACUCCCUCCACCGACAAUGCCGCACGCUCGAAUCCCUCUUCGACACGAAGCUCACCUCCUACGCGCGCCUCGCGAGCACCGUCACGCACACCCCGGACGACCUCGAGGCGGGCGGGUCCGCGGAGCGGUGGCGGGACAUGGAGGCGGACGUUGACGAGCUGCUCGAGAAGCUGAAGGAGAACAACGACCAGCUCUCGCGGCUGGCGGACGAUACGCAGAACCCGCCGUCGCAGUCGAUGCUCCGCGCGAUACAGCGGCAUCGGGAAGUGUACCAGGACUACGCGAGGGAGCUUCGCAGGACGAAGACAAACGUACAAACAGCACUAGACCAGGCGAACCUUCUGAGCGGUGUCCGGAACGACAUCGACGCGUACAAGUCGUCAGCAGCAGACUCACUGCUCGCGGAGCGCGGGCACAUCGACAGCUCACACCGCAUGACGGACGACGUCCUCUCGCAGGCGUACGAGACGCGCGCAGAGUUCGCCCGCCAGAGACUGACCAUCUCCGGGAUUAACUCGCGCAUGCAGGGCGUACUCAGUUCGAUACCCGGCAUCAACGGAGUGAUUGGCAUGAUCAAGUCGCGCCGGAGGCGAGACUCGAUCAUCGUCGGCAGCGUGAUCGGGGUCUGCACGGUCCUCCUGCUCAUGUAUGUAUUCUAGCGAAUGGGUUGGUGGGUUCGGAUACACAUCCUGUGUGGAUCCGGGUGCGAGACAGGGGCUCUGCGUCAGGAUAAGA